AUGGCAAAAAGUGUAAAUUAUGUAGUCGAAGCUGCUGUUUCAUUUGCGCAAGGUUAUCCUGAUUGCGAAGAGUUGAAAACGAUGAUUGAAGCUUUGCAGCAAUUCGGUGCAUCACCAGCAGAACGAAUUGAAGACAAUCUUGGUGGCUUAGUCAAGCAGGUAGCGCGCUUCUGA